CCGCCCCCGGCAACGUCUCCUUCGUGAUUCACUGUCACAUAGGCAAAGAGAUCAAGCACAUUUGCAGCAACUGCAGUCGCGGGGAGGAAGCCCGUGACGCUGAGGAAGUGGAAAGACUGGCUGCAAUGCGUUCGGAUUCCCUAGUUCCUGGAACUCAUACACCUCCAAUCAGAAGAAGAAGCAAAUUUGCUACCCUUGGAAGGCUUUUUAAGCCAUGGAAAUGGAGGAAGAAGAAGAGUGAAAAAUUUAAGCACACUUCUGCAGCUUUGGAAAGAAAGAUAUCAAUGAGGCAAAGCAGAGAGGAGCUUAUAAAACGAGGAGUGCUGAAGGAAAUCUUUGACAAAGAUGGGGAACUUUCCAUACCAAAUGAAGAAGGAGCUUUGGAGAAUGGGCAGCCUCUUGGCUCUGGGCAAGUGCUGAGCUCCAGCCAGGUGUCCCUGCCAGCCCUAGCAGAACUGGAAUCAGGUUCAGCUUCGGUGGAACCCUGCUCAUAUGAGGUGCUCCCAACCCCAGAGAUCAUGGAUGGGACAGUGUCUGAAGAGAGCCCCACAUCCAAUGAACCCGGAGUCCUCCUGUCCCAAGAUCCUACAGCUAAACCAGUCCUGCUUCUUCCCCCCAAAAAAUCUACUGCUUUCCCUGGAGACCAUGAGGACACCCCAGUGAAACAGUUGUCCCUCCUCAAACAGCCCCCUGCCCUGCCUCCCAAACCUAUUGCCAGGAUUGCCAGCCACUUAACUGAUCCUGGCGCUCCUGUGAAACUGCCUUGUAUGCCAGUUAAACUGUCACCUCCACUACCUCCAAAGAAAGUCAUGAUUUGCAUGCCUUUAGGGGGGCCAGACCUCUCUCUCUCAACCUAUUCCACGCAGAAGAGCUCCCAGCAGCCUUUGACUCAGCACCAUCACACUGUCCUGCCAUCCCAGUUAGCAGCUCACCAGCACCAGCUCCAGUACGGCAGCCACAGCCAGCACCUGCCUUCUGGGUCCAGCACGUUACCCAUCCACCCUUCAGGGUGCCGGAUGAUAGAGGAACUGAACAAAACUCUAGCCAUGACCAUGCAAAGGCUAGAAAGCUCUGGUUUACAUGCAGGUGACAGUGUUACAAAAACAGGACCUGGAGGCCUUCCAGACAUGAGACAAGUGCCAACUGUUGUGAUCGAAUGCGAUGACAAUAAAGAAAAUGUGCCUCAUGAACCUGACUAUGAAGAUUCUUCCUGCCUUUACGCACGACAGGAAGCAGAAGAGGAGGAAGACGAAGAUGAAGAUAACUCAAUAUUUACAAGUUCCCUGGCAAUGAAAGUCUGCAGGAAGGACUCAUUAGCAAUCAAACUAAGCAACAGGCCAUCCAAGCGAGAGCUGGAGGAAAAGAACAUCCUCCCCAUGCAGACUGAUGAGGAGAGACUCGAACUCAGGCAGCAGAUUGGGACAAAGUUAACAAGACGACUGAGCCAGAGGCCGACUGCUGAGGAACUGGAGCAGAGGAACAUUCUGAAACCUCGAAACGAGCAAGAGGAACAGGAGGAAAAACGGGAGAUAAAGAGAAGAUUAACACGUAAGCUGAGUCAAAGGCCCACAGUAGAAGAGCUGCGUGAGAGGAAGAUCCUCAUCCGCUUCAGUGACUACGUGGAAGUCGCAGACGCACAGGACUAUGACAGGAGGGCGGACAAGCCCUGGACACGACUCACAGCCGCUGACAAAGCAGCCAUUCGAAAAGAGCUUAAUGAAUUUAAAAGCACUGAAAUGGAAGUUCAUGAAUUAAGUAGGCAUCUAACAAGGUUUCAUAGACCCAGUUUCUGACUCUCUACCUGACUACUCUACCUGACUACUAUGCCGUCUUCAAAAUAUAACUAAAAGGAACCAUAAGUGCUGGUAUUAUUCACUUCCCUGUUACGUACAGUGUAAAUCUUCUGAACUGCCUUUUUAAAAAAGAGUAAUAAAUAAAUAUAAAAAAGAAGAAGAAAAUUGUAUUUACAUAUGUUGGGUACUGCAGCAUCAUCAGACCUGCUGAUUCAAGCUUCA